AACUGGAAGUAAUCAAUGGAUGACUCGCAGUAUUUUUCCACCAUCAGAAGCUCAUGAGCGAUCAUUGUUCUUGACAAGUGAAGGGCAUGCCAAUAGCAUAAAAGGAGAUGGUCGACUACAAUGGGACGCACCAAAUAUUGCUGCAACAGAUUCCUAUCUUUAUGAUCCAACCAAACCAGUAAUAAGUAACAUAAAUAAUAAAUCUAUUAUUCUUCCCAUCGAUAUUAAUUCCUAUCUUGAUCGUAAUGAUAUUCUUGUGUACACUACUGAGCCAUUAAAUAAGUCAAUUACGGUGAUUGGUGAUAUUGUCGUUGAAUUGAUAAUCUCGAGCACAGCACGUGAUACCGAUUUUGUGAUCGAACUAAUGGAUGUGAUGACUAAUGGACGCUCGAUUAAACUCGGUUCUAAAGCUGCAGGUCAACUUCGUACACGCUAUCGAAAUGGUUUUGAUCAAGAAAUAUUUAUGUCGUCCAAUCGGACUUAUCUCGUUCGUAUUGAUUUACACGCUAUCGGACAUACAUUUCUUCCACAACAUCGUAUUCGAUUAGCAGUUAUGAGUAGUUUUUUUCCUUGGAUCAGUGUAAAUCCAAAUACUGGUGCAUCGAUCGCUUCUGACAUACAAUCACCUAUCAUAGCGAAUCAAACUAUUUAUCAUGCACCUCAUCAGAAAUCUCGAAUUCGUAUGAUGUUGAUCGAUGAUCCAAAAUUUGAUGGAUGA